AUGCCCGCACAUCGAACCCGGCUGGCUUUCGAGCCACUCUCACCUCUUCUGGAUAUCCAUCGGGUUGUUGAGUCUACUCCCAAUUUCGAGUUUGCGAUGGAUAUCACCUGUGACGCAAUUGAGGAUUUUCCUCUCGAAGAUUUCGAGAAGCUUGUCCUGUACCAGGUUGUCCUGAGCGGAAGACCCUUGGUCAUCAGAGGAUUUCAUCAACGUCUUGACAAAGGUAUCUUCUCGGGAAAAUGGCUCCAAGAAAAAUACGCGAAGAAAGUGACGGUCCACAACUACACACACAAAGACCUCCAGCGGCUCUACCUCAAAGACAUCGACUGUCCUCCCGAGUGGCGUGUUUAUCUAGAGAACCUGUUACCGCCAUCACUUUUCUAUCUGAACGAAGGACCCAAAGCCUUUGAAGGCCCUGCCUCGGGAAAGACAAAUCUGUCUGAAAUCCCCAAGUCCACCCAAGGCGACCUCAUCGCUCCAGCCGGUGAUUUGAUGAGCAGUCUGCCCGCAAGCAUGCGCGCGGAGAACCUGAUGUGCUACAUCGGCCAUGAGGGUACGUACACACCAGCACACCAAGAGAUGUGUGCCAGUCUUGGUCACAACAUAAUGGUCGAGGCGUCCGAUGGGUCUCCAGAAAACGGCAAGCCAACGGAACCGGGUUCUUCGAUUUGGCUCAUGACAGAGACCAAAGAUCGGCGGAUUGUUUCCGAAUACUGGAUGUCUGUUCUUGGGCAUGAUAUUGACAUUGAGGAUUUCUUUGCUCCCUUGCAUGCAUGGGAGAUUGCACCAUUCAAGACCUGGGUUGUGGAACAGAGACCCGGUGAUCUUAUUCUUGUACCCCCUCUUGCUGCACACCAAGUUUGGAACCGCGGCACUCGGACGAUGAAAGUCGCCUGGAAUCGCACUACUGUGGACACGCUCCAGCUGGCUCUGCACGAAGCUUUGCCGCAUGCGCGAAUGGUCUGCCGCGAUGAACAAUAUAAGAACAAAGCCAUUGUUUACUUUACUCUUGAACGAUAUUCAAAAUUGUUGCGGCAAGCAAAAAAGGUCGACCACCCGGUGGUGGUUCAACUGUGGGACGAUUUCAAACGCCUGUUUAAUAUGUACAAGAGCAUUUUGCUGUCUGAAUCCUUCUCACAGAAGAACCCAGAGAAAAACAUCGAAUAUCACGAGUUUCAAAGCAACGUCACCUGCUCAUUUUGCCGGUGCAACAUCUUCAACAGGUUUCUUACCUGUCCUGGGUGCGCAGAUGCUCUUGGCGGCGAUGAAGACCCUUAUGAUGUAUGCAUGGAUUGCUAUGUCAUGGGUAGAAGCUGUGCCUGUGUUUCCAACCUCAAGUGGAUGGAACAAUUUCCAUGGAAGCAGUUGACAGAACGCUACGAAACAUGGCGACGGCUUAUCAUUUCCUCUGAUGAAAACAACAAGGAUCUGAAGGUUCAGUUCCCCACCUUCAUUAUCGCUAGGGGACAGGUAGGCAAAAAGUCUGUGGCGGAGAUUUGCCAAGAACAACUGCUGCGCCGCCCCUGGAAUGACCCUAUGAAGCCCAAACCCGUGGUAGACAAUACCAUGGAAGAUGCCGGUAGUGAAUCGGAUGGCAACACCCGGUCUAAAAAGCGCCGCAAAAUGCGGCAGUCACUCAUGGCGAAAUCUGCUGACGUCCACCGCUGUCACGUCUGUCUCCAUUUCGAAGUAAACUGGAAACUCGCGCCAUGUUCGAACUGUGACCAGCGUUACUGUUACGGCAGUUUGUUCCGCGCGUUUGAAAUCUCCCCCCAGGAGGCGAUGGAAAAGUAUCACUGGCUCUGUCCGAAAUGUCGUAAGGAAUGCAGUUGUGGUGCUUGCCAGCGUGACCCUUCGAUGAAACCAUAUGAGCCUAACUGUACCAUUCUGGGCCAUGACACCAGUAAGGUUGCCGAUCCCCGCAGCAUCGAGACCCUGGUAGAUUUCCGGAAAUCGAAUCUGUGGUGGUUGAAGAAAUUUGGCGAUGACGUUCAUGGACGCAUCCAGAAACGUCAGAAGGAAGCCGAAGAGGCUGAAUUGGAGCGACAGAAGACCCUUGAAGACCAGGGCUUCAGCUUCGAGUCCAGCCCGUUCGACCAGCCACAGAAUGGGAAUGGGAAUGAUGAGAACCCACUUCCCUUUGACGAUAACGACGGGGGGAUCCCCGUUGAUCCAUCGUUGAUGGCCUAG